UUCCAUUGAAUUUUUCCGCGUUCAACAAAGCGAAAUGAAAUGUCGCCAAUUGUGGAUAAAAGAUACACAACAUAAAUGUGAUACAAUUGACAAUUGUGAAGACCUAGGUUUUAAAAGAAAAUUGUCAUACAAUCCAAAUUAAGUGUGUGGCUAAAUCUAUAGGAAUGGAUAACAUUUUAGUAAAGAAGGAUAUUAAGUUAACUUCAAUUCAGUUUGAUCCAGAUACAGUUUGAUGGAAAACUCAUCGACACUUGUGUAGAAAGAAAAACAGGGACUAAGCUCCACUCCGAGAGUUCACCCAAUGGAAUCGUCCUUACCCACGGAGCUGGUGGGGACAUGAACCUGCCCCAGUUAUCUGCCCUUGCCCAGCUUCUGGCAAUGGAUGGUUGGGUUGUAGUGCGAUUCACGUGCAAAGGCCUUAACCUUGCUUACCGAAUCAAGGUUUAUAUGGCGGUGCUGGAGUAUGUAGUGUCACAGAUUGUCGACGUUAAGUCAUGGGUAAUUGGAGGCAGAUCCAUGGGUGCGCGCGCAGCCGUGGGUGUUGCGAACGACAUUGCUGGAAUCCCAUUGGACGCCAAAGUAGCGGGAGUGGUCUGCAUCUCCUACCCACUCCACCCCAAAGGUGAUACCGCCAGCCUGCGAGAUGGGCCUCUGAAGGAGUGCGUUAAAUCGCUGUGCUUUAUCAGCGGAACCCGCGACGAAAUGUGUGAGAAAUGUUUACUUGAGAAGGUGUUGCAAAAUGUGAAGACUUUCAAUGUUAAUUGGAUCGAUGAUGCCAAUCAUGGCUUAUCAUUGCGAAAAAAGGCGAAAGGAGAUCAGCAAACACAAAUUGAACAAAUCAUGAAAGAGACGAUUGUAAAUUGGGCUUUGCAGUUAAGUCAAGACCGUACGAAAGCCGUAGACGUAAGAGACGUUGAUGACAAAGUAAUUGAUGAACUUGGAGAAACAAAACGCAAGAGGGAUACGUCAAAAACUGUCAAGAAAGUAAACAGAAAGACAAAGAAGCAGAAAUAAAUGGAUAAGCAAACAUUACUAAAAAUUACACAUUGACGUCUAGUUAUUUCUUCUUUAACGUAUAUGCUUGUAUGAACAUUUAGAAAAACAAACGAUACAGAACUACAACAAAAAUGGUUGAAAAAAAGUCUUUACUACAGAA